CUCUUACGUCGGCACUGUGCCGCGCUUUCAGCCACAACCUUAUUUUUAAAUAUACUUUUCAGAUCCUGAUUAAUGUGACUCUUUGCUGGAAUUAUAUCAGAGGAGAAGACUCUUAUUUACAAAAGAUUUGUGGACUACCAUUUGUGAAGUACCAAGAUGAAGUCAAGAGCAAAAGCAGGAAAAUUGUCCACAAGGCCCUGGUCUGACCCGGAGCCUGAGCUUGAGGCAGACACAGAAGCAGAGGCUGUGUCCAGUGAACCUGAGGGCUCCGAGGACUCUUGGAGGGGCUCCCUGAGAAGUAGCGGCCCCAAACGCGGAUCAGGAGGAGGGGGGCGGCGGAGGAAGAGGACACAUGGCACCAGUUCCAAAGAACGCAGCAUCCGACGCCUAGAGAGCAACGAGAGGGAACGCCAGCGCAUGCACAAACUCAACAAUGCCUUCCAAGCCCUGCGUGAGGCCAUUCCACAUGUGAAGACGGACAAGAAGCUGUCCAAAAUCGAGACCCUCACUUUGGCCAAGAAUUACAUCAAAGCCCUGACUACAAUCAUCCUGGACAUGUCGGGAGCCUGCUCACCCAACAGUGCAGCCCAGGCAGAAAGCAACACGGCCAAAUUGCUGCAGUGUUACCAGCAGCACCUGGAGGAGGAGGGAGAGGACGAUCUCACUCAGUACCUCACACAAAUACAGGACAGCUUCAGCCAGGACAGCUAACACAACUUCACAGACUAAAGGUGCACUAUGUUACCUUUGUUGAGAAGUGUCCACUACCUUCUCCAAGGAGAUGUAGUUUUGUCUGGAAUAUUUCAUAGUAUAGCAUUCAACUCAUCUAUUUACAUGAAGAUAAGCAGGUCACACCACCAGGUCUCAUUACAGGCCAGAUCUGUGGAGAGGUGAUGCCACUCACAAGAAGAAUGCUUAUAUUUCCAGGUAUUUCUGACCACAAAACACCUGUGAUUGAAGAAAUACAAGAUAUCUAUGUUUAAUGCCAUGCUGUGGAACAUUCCAAGCAAAACUAAUAACAUCUCCAUGGAGCCAAGCAGGUAGUGGACCUUCCACCAGAAAAGUUACAUUGUACACCUGUAACAGACAAGGGCAUGGCAGAAAUGAGUGAUGAGUGGGCCGUGUAUUGACAUAUGAAGUACUCUACCACCAGCAUGCGUUUACUUGUCUGGUUGCUUCAGACCAAAAACGUUUCGGGAACAUAGGAGGACUUAGGAGGACCAACCAACAUGGCAAACAGAGAAUGCAGAAUAUUAUCAGAUCACUCUUUAAGACUAUAAAGAAUUGAUCUCACUGUUGGUUUUACAUUGAUGCUGUGAAGGGGGAAGGGUAGUUCUCGUUUUUUUUCUCUUGUCAUCUAUGUGUGCUCAGUUGCGAAACCUGCUACGCAUACCCUCUAGACAUAACUGCUUUAUUUUGGAAGGAAAUUAUGCACUACAGGGACCUUACCUACUGAAAAUGUAUUUCGCCAAAUUACAGUCACAUUUCCAAGCUUAUUCAAACUUUUACAGAUAUUUGUUUUCUUGUAUAUUUUUAAAGAAAGAUUAUUUCAG